CGCAGGACUGAUUUGGAAGCAGCGGCUGGACUGAUGCUGCUGUUCUCCGUCCACCCCCAAAAGAGCACAGCAGGCGUUUUAAACUUUAUAUUUCGUUUACGUUUUUUUCCCCCGACGUAGACCUGUGUCUUUCCUCCAGCUCUCCUCCACAGCAUCAUCCUGCCAUGAUGAGCAUCAUCCUGACCCGGCUGCAGCCCUGAACCUCCUCCAGCCCGGGUGGAGGUGAACAUGUCUCAUGGACCGCUCCAUCCUCUCCACCAGCGCUCCAGUUCAGGGCAUCCCAAACUCCCAAUAACAGAGCCAUGCCGAGGUUCAGCGUCAGAUGGGUGGUCGCGGUGGUGCUGAUAGUCUGCGUCGGGGGCGCCUUCCUCUUCUGCGAGUAUCUCAUAUAUUACCCGGCCAUCCUGAAGUGCGGCUGGCCGGAGCCGCGCACCGCGGGGCGGCCGGCGGACGCAGCGCUGCGCGCCAUGGUGCUGUCGGACACGCACCUCCUCGGAGCCGUGGGGGGGCACUGGUUCGACAAGCUCAGGAGGGAAUGGCAGAUGGAGAGGGCUUUCCAGACCGCGCUGUGGCUGCUCAGGCCCGAAAUAGUCUUUAUUCUGGGGGACAUCUUCGACGAGGGCAAGUGGAGCUCGCAAAAGCACUGGGAGGACGACGUGCGCCGCUUCCACAGGAUGUUCAGGCACUCCACUGACACAGAACUGGUCGUACUGGUUGGAAAUCACGACAUCGGUUUCCAUUAUGAGAUGGACUGGUUCAAGCUGCAGCGCUUUGAAAAGGUCUUCAACGCCUCCUCCACCAGGAUCAUUACCAAGAAGGGGGUAAACUUCCUGCUGGUUAACAGCGUCGCGCUGCACGGCGACGGAUGUCCCAUCUGCCAGUCGGUGGAAAAGGAGCUGAUGAAACUCUCCAGGGACAUCAAAUGUUCUAUUCAGUCCAGCAGCGAAGAGAUGGAGAGCUGCGAAGGCUCGCAGGCCUAUCCUCCCACGGCCCCCAUCAUGUUACAGCAUUAUCCUCUGUACAGAGUGAGUGACGCCAGCUGCACGGGUCAGGACGCCGCUCCGCCUGAAGAGCGACACCUGCUGUUCAGAGAGAAGUACGACGUGCUGUCUAAGGAGGCCUCCCAGCGGCUGCUGCAGUGGUUUAAGCCUCGACUCAUCCUGAGCGGACACACCCACAGCGGAUGCGAAGUUCUCCAUGACAACAAGUACCCAGAAAUCAGCGUGCCGUCCUUCAGUUGGAGGAACAGAAACAACCCCAGCUUCAUCCUGGCGUCGGUGUCUGCCGCCAGUUACAGUCUGUCCAAGUGUUUCCUGCCGGAGGAGAGCACGGUGAUCGGCGUGUACUGCUCGGCCGGCGCCUGCCUGCUGCUGCUGGUCCUGGGCCACUGCCUGUGGAUGAAGGGCCUGCUGCAGUGCCUCAGCCUCUGCCUGCUGGGGAAGCACAAGUCUCUGUGAACUACGUUACCCACAGUGCACCGCUGCGUGUCCAGCUUCACUCUGCAAAGGUUUAUUGCCAAAAAUCUGUUGAUCUGUCCCAUCUGUCGUUUUUCUAUAUCCCCUUCAUCAUGUUUGAGGGCCACAGGGGUCUGGAUUCUGUUCCAGCUGUCCUCGGGCGGGAUGCAUCUGGUCUGCUCACCCAGCCUCCAUUUGUUUGUCUUAAUGUAUCAUUACACUUUGAAGGCCAUGAAUAUUUAUUUUUAAAUGUGAUUACACUGUGAAGAUCAUGAGUAUUUAUUUUAAAUGUUUUUUAAGUCCAUCGGUGACGACUGGUGAUGAUGAUGAUGGUGUGAUGUGAGCGAAAUUGCUACAAACCAUCUGUUUUAAAUUCCUUUUCUGUUCCUAACUUUUGGAAAAUGAAGCAGCUGGACUGUGACCGUCUUUAGGUUUUAGAAAGCACACAAACGUGGCAUUAAGAAAGACAAAUCAAAGAAGUUAAUCUGUAAAUAACUUUGAAUAUCAGUCUGGUUUAAGGUGGUGAGUUAUAUCUAUUUUCGUACGUUUGUCUCUCACUCUGAUGCUACCUGUGAGCCAUAAGCACUACGACCAUUUCACUCUGAGCCCUGGUCAUGUCGUUGAUGUCAAGAUUGUUCAUUAAGAGAAAAGUAUUUAUCUCUGGUUUUCUGUGCCACAUGUUUUUGAAGGUUUCUUGCCAAAAUUGUUGAAAGGUUUCUGAUGAAAUGUAAAUAAUAAAGAGUUUUCUGCUGGUUAAA